AUUGUUCUAUAUUCGUAAAUAAGAACAUUCGGGGCCCAGUCCUUCUUUGAUGCGCUUGGAUCGCUGAACCCCUGUCUCUGUUCAACAUUGUAUGUAGGUGAAGAAUUUGUAAGUCACUGUGCUGCACACCGCGGUAACAACAAUCUCUUCUAAGAUGAGCUGUCAUCUCAUGACUUCUAAUACUAGGUCCACCCACUAAUGACUAUGCCUAUUUAUACAGCUUAGAAUUUGUAAUGAGAGGCUUAGUUUGAGAGGAUACCUGGAUUUUGCAAGGAAAUAAAUACUAACAAGUGUCUAAGUCCAAAGACAGAGAAGCACAGGAGCUUCUUGGAUCAGUAGUUCAGUUCCAGCUCUGGCUGCCGCAAUGCCUCUCCUGGAAGAAAACUCUCUACCCAGGGACCUUCCCCUGACUCUGCCCGUUGUCAUUAUUGGCAAUGGUCCAUCAGGAAUAGGCUUGUCUUACUUGCUCUCUGGGUACCGGCCCUAUUUAGCUGCAGAAGCUGUGCAUCCAAACCCUAUUCUCUUGAGUAAACUUGAAGAAGCUAAACAUCUUUCUAUCAUUGAUCAGGAUUUAGAAUACCUCAGUGAAGGCUUGGAGGGCCGGUCGUCCAAUCCCGUGGCUGUACUCUUUGACACACUCCUGCACCCAAACGCUGACUUCGGAUAUGAGUAUCCGUCAGUCCUGCAGUGGAGACUGGAGAAACAGCAGCACAUCCCUCACCUGGUGCUGGGGAAACGUACUCCCGGAGGAGCCUGGCACGCAAUGGAAGGUUCCAUGUUGACCAUUAGUCUGGGUAUCUGGAUGGAGCUCCCUGGCUUCAACUACAGAGACCUGACACAAGGAAAACGAAGAAAUGUAAACAAUGACAGAGCAACUCCUGAGGAAAUCUCAUCUUACUACAAGAACUACAUCAAGCUGAUGGGUCUCCAGAAGAACUUUGUGAACAACACCUAUGUCACGUCUAUCCUGAAACCUCAUCGAGGUCAGGAGGAAGAAAUUGAUAACGAAGGGAGAGAAGCAGUCGAGUCCAAACCGCAACUGGCAGAGAAAGAGAAUGGCCCAACAGAGUUCGCUCAGGCUGUCUGGGAAGUGAGAGGCUAUCAGAGAGUUCAAGAUGGUUCACACGUGCCUUUCUGCUUUUGUGCUGAGAAUGUGGUCCUUGCAACAGGGGCAUCCGAUUCUCCUGCCAGGCUGGAUGUCGAAGGGGAAGACUUACCUUUUGUAACCCACUGCAUCACUGACUUGGGAGCUGCCAUUAGCAAAAGAAGCCUAAGCCAGUCUUCUGAUCCACUGUUGAUUGUUGGGGCAGGACUCAGUGCAGCAGAUGCAGUAUUAUGUGCCUACAAAAAUAACAUCUCUGUCCUUCAUGUCUUUAGAAAACGGGUGGAUGACCCCAGCUUGAUCUUCAAGCAGCUUCCAAAGAUGCUCUAUCCAGAGUACCACAAGGUCUACCACAUGAUGUGCACGCAGUCUCCUGCUGCCACUUCCAUCUUAUAUCCAGACUACAGCAGUUUCCCUGAACACUGUGUGGUCUCAUUUCAACCUGACAUGAAGUGUGUCCUUCAAAGUGCCAGUAGUUUUCAGGUUUUCAAGAUCUCCAUGGCCUUGGUGCUGAUCGGCACCCAUCCCAACCUGUUUUUCAUGAAAGAUCAAGGGAAAUACCUGGGCCUCGACCCCAACAAGGCAAUCUCUUGUAAACAUAAUCCCUUAGACAUUCAUCCUUACACAUUUGAAUGCACAAAAGAGGCAAAUCUUUUCUCUAUGGGCCCACUGAUUGGAGAUAAUUUUGUACGCUUUCUUAAAGGAGGUGCACUGGGCAUCACAAGUUGUUUGGUAAAAAGGCUUAAGAAGAAGGGGAAGUUGACUGCAGAUGGGAGAGGUGGGGGUGGAAUAGCCUAAGGGCUAUUGCACUCUUGCCUAUUCAAGAGGCAUACUUGAUCGUAGUCAACUGCAGUAACAUAAUGUUCUUGCACUCAGCUACACAAGCUAUACUGUAUUUUUUACAAGACUUACAUUUUUUAGUAAUUGUUCACCGACUUAAAAUAAUGGGGACAAAUAUGCACUAAAACAGGUUCUUCAUCUUCAGCUGUUAUUUAAAAAAUUACAUAAAAAGUUCCAUUUUCAAAUACAUUUAUUUGAUCAGACCAAAGGGUUAUAGGAACCAAACCAUAAUGUAAUUUCUACAGUAUAUUAAUUAAAAAUGUAUAUUUGUUUAACAUGUUACUGAACAGCUUAGUAUCUAAAUUGUAACAAAAAACAACUGAAAAGAUAGGGUGCCAAACAUGAACUAUUUGGGGGGGGGGACUGAUUUGCAUGCUUAACAAAAGUCUAUCAAACAUGACUAGUGUCAUUACAACAUAAAACCAAUAUGUCAUGAUGGUGUUUUGAUAUCUUAACACUUGAAAAGUGCUCCAAUGUAUUUUGUAUGUUUCACUUUACUCAUUCAAAAUGGACAGUUGUAGUGCUUCAAAUAAUUACUAAAUCAAAACCUAUUGAAAAAAAAUGUAUAUUUAUAAACAAGAAAUAUCAUAUUAACAUGGAUUUCUUAAAUGGGGAAUACAUCCCAUAUUUAUAUUUGAACUACACAUACUGCAAUUUGAAAAAUAAUAUAUCUGUUUAUUGUCUGCAAUAGUUAAUUGUAAGCUGA